AUGAACACAGUUUCACCAGAUUUGGUAAUGGGAAUUGUGUAUGCUAGUGAUGCUCAUGAAGUUUGGCUAGAUCCGCAGGAUCGAUUUGAUAAAGUCAAUGGAUCUGGGAUUUACAACCUUCAACGAGAGAUAGCUACCAUCUCUCAAGGAACAUCCAGCAACUCAGUAUAUCAUUCUAGAUUGAAAUCACUUUGGGACGAAUAUAAUCCCAUGAUUCCUUCCCUCCCUGUUACGGCUGGAACUAGGGAUUUUACCGAACACUUGGAGCAGCAGAAACUUUUUCAGUUCUUAAUGGGUCUAAAUGGGUCCUAUAAUGCAAUCAGAAGUCAAAUUUUACAUCAAUCUCCAUCACCUUCUAUCAAUCGUGUCUAUGCAAUGUUAAUAAAUGGAGAAAAUCAAAGAAGAGUGUUUGAGACUAAUUCACAUAUUAAUGUGACAAAUGAAGUGAAUGAUUCCACGGCUCUUAUGAGUUCUAGAGAUAAUCAACUAAAGUUUAAGAUGUUCAAUAAUUUGUUGUGA